GGACACAUACAAGGGCACACAGAUUCAUACAUGGUGGCCCUCGCAAACGGGGCCCCGUUCACUCAUUGCAUGCACACGUGUGCAGAGGGGGCAUGGUGAGCUAUUCGGGCCGCUCCCGUGUGCAGCCUCUCUCGCACACCCUGUCCUGCGGCCUCGCACACGCCGUCCUCUCCGUGUUCCCACCUCCCUGCACUUGGAUCUCCACGCCGUACCUCGGUGAGCCAAAGGAGCAGUGAGAAGCGGCAAAUGUCUCUCCUGUGGUGUUUUUGGAAAGAACCGGACUGCGGGUGGGAUGCCGCUUUGGACUUUCAUACGUCUUGUACACAUUUUGGGGUCAGGGAGGUUGAAUUCUGACAACACUGCGGAGUUGGAGAAUUUCUUUUUUUUUUAUUUUAAAAAUGUAGUCAUUAUUGUCAGAAUUCUUCAGUAUCAUAUUAUGCUAAUUAAUAUGAUGGAUGGCUGGAUGAAUGAUAAAUAGAUUAGUAAUUCUGAUGGAAAUUGCAUGUUUACUGUACUCAAUACACACUUAGACAGUAAUAAGACAUUUAGACACUGACAGUAACAAAAAACUAAUAGACAGCAGGGAAAUUAUUGCACAUAAUUCCAUUCUAUGGGAUCAGAAAUGCAUUACCCAGUGGUAUUACCCAGUGGUAUUACCCAGUGGUAUUACACAGUGGACGAACGCAUUUUCUGUGACUGCCUAAGCGGUUCUUGUCCAUUCGGACAGCCUGGUCUCCCCUGCUGCCACUGAAUGACUCGCUGUAGAAUCUGAAGAUCAUGUGGUAAAAGCGACGAUGUGUAAAUAGAAGAUUGUUUGGGUGUUUGAUGCUGCAGUGGUGGGGAGGACAGACAAAUGGCAUCCAGUCAGCGUAGGAGUGCCGUUUGUGUAGCUAAACAUUGAAACACCAUGCCUGUUACUCAGACUUUACUUUGACGUGGGCAUUCAUAAUGAGCAUAUCUUAAGUAUUCUCGAGUAGAGCUAACUGACUAUAAUUGAACUGAAUUAAACUGAGAUACAUUUUAAAAAAUAGAAUAGAAUGAACAAAAUGAAAAAUAAGAUUGGCUUGGUACUAUAGAAAACUGUUGAAAAAAAGGAAGAACAUUAACAAAGGAAAAAAGGAAGGAUAGAUUUAAAAAUGGCAGCCUUUUAGAAUUUUAAAAACAAGAUUUGAGUUAAGCAAUGGUAUACAACUAUAACAUGAAUAGAUGGAUGGGUAGGUGGAUAGAUGUGUAGUGUGUGGAAUCGUGUGCGUGGGUACCAUAAAACAGUUUUUAAAGUUGUUUUUUUUUUUUUUUGGGUCGGCUUAUGAAUGUUGUUGCACACAAGUCUGAUCGCACAGCCUCAGUCAGCUUGCCUGAGUGCUCACACCUGAAUGUCAACCACUGUGAAGGUCGACAUAGUGCGUCUGUCUUUAACGAGUCGCCGUAUAAAUCUGUCCGUGCGGCUCUCUGAGAGCAUGAAGGUUGUUAUUGUUCGUUCAGGAAUGAAUAGGCGUCUUCACAAUUCCUGUUUCCAUUCUGAAAUGUUUCGUUUUCUUUGACCUGCCCCCCCGUCUCCACACGCACACGCCGACACGGACGUCCCUGCGUUCGAGAGACGCUUAGGAAUAAUUUGUUUCUGAGAAUUGCAUAAUUGGGUCAUGUUGCUGGCUCCUGGGGACAAUGGGGGCCUGUGCCGGGCCCCGGCGUGCGGACAGAGCGGGGCAGAGAGGUGUGCGGAGUGGGGGCCCUGAAUGUGCGCUUUCUCAGGGCAGCUGUGUUGGUUUAGUGUUUCCCCCCCCUAUCAUUUCCCCCUGGCGGUUUCUCUGACACGCUGACACAUGCUACUGCCCAUAAACAGGCCUUUGUGCUUCAGUCGAGGCGCUGGGGAAGGGCCAGGGGGCACACACACACGCGCGCACACACACAUGCACACACACGCACACACACGCACACACAUGCACACGCACACACAUGCACACGCACACACACAUGCACACACACAUACAGAGAUGCUCAUAUGUACAACCGUUCCUCAAUUGGCCGCACAUGUGUUCAUGCCCCCCCCAACCCUCAUUUGUCCAAACACAUUCUUGCUGGCAUCCACACAUUUGCACACACAAGAACAUGAUCUAUCUUCCUGAUCUGUUCUGUUACCACAGCCUAGUGCAUCUGGUAAUCAGCUCCGUUUCCCCUCCCCGGCGGAUCCCGUGAUCAUGAUCAGUUCUGUUUCCCCUCCCCGGCGGAUCCCGUGAUCAUGAUCGGUUCCGUUUCCCCACCCCGGCAGAUCCCGUGAUCUUGAUCGGUUCCGUUUCCCCACCCCGGCGGAUCCCGUGAUCGUGAUCGGUUCCGUUUCCCCACCCCGGCGGAUCCCGUGAUCGUGAUCGGUUCCGUUCCCCGCCCCAGCACAUACGAUGUGCAGUUGCCAGUGCAUGUUAACUCUUUACCACACCCAUAGCAAAGCUUCAGUGAGGCAUGGGGCAUGAAGUAAAUUGUUUUUCCUCAGAGUUGAAGCCCACAGACAUGAAACGUGUUUACAUCUUACAUGGAAGAUGUAAUUUCUUUGUAAUAAUCUUGUAAUAAUUAGGAAUUGUCCUGCUGUUUGGCCAGUGACUCAGCCGUGAAUCACGUACGCAGGGCUGUAAGUGGUCCGUUAUGUUGGCUCAGUCCCGUUCGUGGAUGGGGCCCCUUCAUCCCCCAAAGCCUAUUUUGGUCUGUGGUUUGGAUCUGCUGCAGACCUCUGCUGAGUGAAGCACUUCAGUUCAGUGGGUUCAGUGAAGGCCUGCUGUUGUAGUGGGUUUACUGUGAGACACUAUGAGUAUAUUACAGGGCUCUAUUCAGGCAGCCAUACCAGGCUCAUUUGUCACAGAAAAGCUGUUUAAUCUCCUGCCUUUUUGAUGUGGCUCCGCUGCUAUGAUGCUGUUUAAUCUGUUUUUUUAUGCCAUGUUAGAUCCUACCUAAGUUUUAUUGAAAGCCUGAUUGUAUUUUUAAGAAUGACCUUUUAUUUACAUUCGGCAGACAAUCGCUGUAAUUAAGGUCGGAGGAGAGGAGCUCACUCUGGUUAAUGCGUCAUCACACAACAUGAUCUAGAAACUUGGAAGAAGCAAAAAGCUGAGUAAUGUGCGGUUGGCUAACCUAUAGUUGCUUAAUUUCCCCAUGUAGAUGCCAGGGCUAUUAUACUUUGACGUGAUUGGUCAGCCAUCCAGGUUGGAAGCGAAGGACUGGAGUAGGUCGGAGAUGCUUUAUUGCUUCCCUUGGCGUGUUCCUGCGUUCGGGAAUGUUGCGUUUGUAUGGUUUUUCGUGUUUUCAUAGAUGCUGCCACAUGUCAGGAAGAUGUAAACCAGGCAGGUAGAAGGACGAGCCGAUAAUAUACUCUCUGCAGACUGGAAGUGUCCCUCAGCUACCCAGGCGCUUGGCAGUUUUCACAAGACCAGUUGUCCUUAUGUUACGGUGCCCUCAGGAGUCGCUUCAGGCUGACGGGCAGAGCCCCCAGUGGACCGGGGAGCCGCCUGGAACGAACAGCCCCCACAGCAGGGCUCAGAGACAAUCCAGGGGGGGUUCUUUGACCAAUGGGGAGGCGAGCUCAGGACCCCGCAGUCAGCAGCGCCGGAUCAAGAGCGCAAAUGGCAGUCCAGGCAAUGCAGGUAAAUGCGAGCCCACCUCCAAUGGGGUGGAGAAUGAGCAUGGCGGGCCGGCCCCCUGCACACCCCCCCUGAGCAGGACCACAGCCCUUCCUGCCAGCACUCCCAGCCCAGAGAGUGGGGCCCCGCCCCCACCUGAGGAUUCUCCACCACCAGCGACAGAACAGACUGACAGCACCGGGGAGUCCGUCAUGGAGUCUCUGCCUGCUGGCUGGGAGCAGCGGGUCUUACCCAAUGGGAGGGUUUACUACGUGGACCAUAACACCAAGAGCACCACCUGGGAGCGACCACUGCCGCCCGGCUGGGAGAAGCGGGUGGACCAGCGUGGGCGUUUCUACUACGUGGACCACAACACUCGCACCACGACCUGGCAGCGACCCACGCCCGAGUCUGUGCGCAGCUACGAGCAGUGGCAGUCGCAGCGCAGCCAGCUGCAGGGCGCCAUGCAGCAGUUCAGCCAGAGGUUCCUCUACCAGUCUUCUGGCGUCCCGGUGGAAAACGACCCAUUGGGCCUGCUUCCCUCCGGAUGGGAGAAGCGGCAGGACAACGGCCGGGUCUACUUCGUCAACCACAACACCCGGACGACCCAGUGGGAAGACCCCCGCACCCAGGGGAUGAUGCAGGAGCCCCCACUGCCGCCCGGCUGGGAAAUGAAGUACACGCCGGAGGGGGUGCGCUACUUUGUGGACCACAACUGCCGGACGACCACCUUCAAGGACCCACGACCAGGGUUUGAAUCAGGGUCCCGGCAGGGUGGCUCUCCUGGGGCAUAUGACCGCAGCUUCCGCUGGAAGUACCACCAGUUCCGCUUCCUGUGUCACUCCAACGCCCUCCCCAGCCACGUGAAGAUCAGCGUGUCCAGGCAGACGCUCUUCGAGGACUCGUUUCAGCAGAUCAUGAACAUGAAGCCCUACGACCUGCGGAGGAGACUCUACAUCAUCAUGAGGGGCGAGGAGGGUCUCGACUAUGGAGGCAUCGCCAGAGAAUGGUUCUUCCUGCUGUCUCAUGAAGUGCUGAACCCAAUGUACUGCCUGUUUGAGUACGCCGGAAAGAACAACUACUGUCUGCAGAUCAACCCCGCCUCCUCCAUCAACCCAGACCACCUGACCUACUUCCGCUUCAUUGGACGGUUUAUCGCCAUGGCCUUGUAUCAUGGAAAAUUCAUAGACACGGGAUUCACUCUGCCUUUCUAUAAGCGCAUGCUUAACAAGAAGCCUACCCUUAAAGACCUGGAGUCCAUCGACCCCGAGUUCUACAACUCCAUCACAUGGGUCAAAGAGAACAGCCUUGAGGAGUGUGGAGUAGAGUUAUAUUUUGCCCAAGACAUGGAGAUCCUGGGGAAGGUCUCCACCCAUCAGCUGAAGGACAACGGAGAGAAUGAGCUGGUCACCGAGGAGAACAAGGAGGAGUACAUCGGCUUGCUGACAGACUGGCGUUUUACACGCGGCGUAGAGGAGCAGACCAAAGCCUUCCUGGAUGGCUUCAACGAGGUCGUACCCCUGGAAUGGCUGCGAUACUUCGAUGAGAAGGAGCUGGAGCUCAUGCUGUGUGGAAUGCAGGAGGUAGAUCUCAGUGACUGGCAGAAGAACACCAUCUAUCGCCACUAUACCAAGAACAGCAAACAGAUCCACUGGUUCUGGCAGGUCGUGAAGGAGAUGGACAACGAGAAGCGGAUCCGGCUGCUGCAGUUUGUGACAGGAACCUGCCGCCUUCCUGUCGGAGGCUUCUCCGAACUCAUAGGGAGCAACGGGCCCCAGAAGUUUUGCAUUGACAAGGUGGGAAAGGAAACCUGGCUUCCCAGGAGCCACACAUGCUUCAACCGGCUGGACCUGCCGCCCUACAGGAGCCUGGAGCAGCUGAGGGAGAAGCUGCUGUUUGCCAUCGAGGAGACGGAGGGGUUUGGGCAGGAGGGAGGUGGGAGUGAGAGAGGUAGAGGAGCCCUGGGGAAGCAGGAUGCACAUACACCACCUGCACGUCGAAAAGCCAUAGCCCCCACUUUCAGGGGAUUGGGACCACAAACAAUUCUGAUAUGUUUGAACAUACUGGCAGCAAAGUGUUUGAGUUCUGAGUAAUGAGCCCCCCACCGCUGGGCGUGCUGCCUCAUGGGGACAGGCAGGGCUGCCUCAUGGGGACAGGCAGGGCUGCCUCAUGGGGACAGGCAGGGCUGCCUCAUGGGGACUGGCAGGGCGUGGGCUGCCUGUCUGUCACGUUCCCCACUGUCCAUCCCAGUCUCUACUUCCCUCCACACAUAUAAAACACAGCACAGCGCCUCCUGUUGAAACGGCAUACCGGCGGCCAGCAGAAGCCUGACUGCGCCUAAUGCGUCGCCUGAUGCGUCGCGCAUGCGGCGAGGCGGAAGCACCUCGACCACGGGCGGCAGCAGCGACCGCCCACACGGCCUCACUUCAUUUAUUUUUUCCUUCAUAGAGCAAAAUAUCUUAUUGUAAAUGAAAUAAGCUAAAUAAAAUGGACAAAGAACAAAA